GGGGGGAGAGAGAGCUGGAUAGAGGGAGAUAGAGAAAGCUGGGGGGAGAGAGACAGCUAGAAAGAAAGAGAGCAGGAGAGCGAGAUGACAGGCAGGAAACGCCUGGAGUCACAGGACUGAAAUAAAGCAGAAGAGAGUAUAACUGGAUGACCAGGGGGAGCUGUCUGUGCCAGGGAGAGGGCCAGAGGUUUAGCCAGCUGCAAGGGCAUCCUGUGUCUCCCCUUACCUACUGACAGAAGUGGAGAAAGAAGAGCGAGGAACACUGACAGAGAGAUGAGAGGAGAGCAAGACAGGCCUGUAGAAGCUGUAGCAGUAUGAAUGGUCACCGGGGUUUCUCUGUGCUGCGUUCUGAGGCAGCAGGGGCUGUGAGGACAGCUCUGGUGUCUGCUGAGAACCUCCAGCUCACCUUAAAGACUGAACUCAGCCAGGAAGAGCAACACCUCACACCCCACACCAAUGGAGGCCCCGAUGAGACACACACCAAAGGGUACUGUACAGAAGUGAAUGAUGACCUUAAAGAGAUGCUUGAGAGCAACAAGGAGUCGCUUAAACUGGAGGCCAUGAAGAGGGUUGUUGGGCUGAUCGCAAAGGGGAAGAAUGCCUCUGAGCUGUUCCCAGCAGUGGUGAAGAACGUGGCUAGUAAGAAUAUAGAGCUAAAGAAGUUGGUGUAUGUGUACCUGGUGAGGUAUGCAGAGGAGCAGCAGGACCUGGCUCUACUGUCCAUCAGCACCUUUCAGAGGGCCCUCAAGGACCCUAACCAGCUGAUCAGAGCCAGUGCUCUCAGGGUUCUGUCCAGUAUCAGAGUCCCCAUCAUCGUUCCCAUCAUGAUGCUGGCCAUCAAGGAGGCUGCCUCCGACAUGUCCCCUUACGUCAGGAAAACAUCCGCCCACGCCAUCCAGAAACUCUACAGCCUGGACCAGGAUCAGAAGGAGCUCCUGAUAGAAGUCAUUGAGAAACUGCUGAAGGACAAAAGCACAUUGGUAGCAGGCAGCGUUGUGAUGGCCUUUGAGGAGGUGUGUCCGGACCGUAUUGACCUGAUCCAUAAGAACUACCGUAAACUCUGUAACCUGCUAGUGGACGUGGAGGAGUGGGGUCAGGUGGUCAUCAUCUCCAUGUUGACACGCUACGCCAGGACACAGUUCACCAGCCCCUGGAAAGAGGACGGUGUGUUUGAUGAGCACAGUGAGAGGGCGUUCUAUGAGUCUGAUGAGGAAAAGACUAGAGAUGAGACAGAGGCCAAGCCCUACAUGAUGGACCCCGACCACAGACUGCUGCUCAGGAACACCAAGCCUCUACUACAGAGCAGAAACACUGCCGUGGUGAUGUCUGUAGCCCAGCUGUACUGGCACCUGGCUCCUAAAAACGAGGUCAGCAUUGUCACCAAAUCUCUGGUCAGACUGCUCAGAAGCCACAGAGAGGUGCAAUACAUUGUGUUACAGAACAUAGCCACCAUGUCCAUCCAGAGAAAGGGCAUGUUUGAACCUUACAUGAAGAGUUUUUAUGUGAGAUCCACAGAUGCCACCCACAUCAAAUCACUCAAGCUGGAGAUCUUGACCAGCCUGGCCAACGAAGCCAACAUCUCCACCAUCCUUAGAGAGUUCCAGACCUAUGUGAAGAGCCAGGACAAGCAGUUUGCUGCCGGUACCAUCCAGGCCAUAGGCAGGUGUGCCACCAACAUCUCUGAGGUCACAGACACCUGCCUCAAUGGACUGGUGCUGCUGCUCUCCAACAGAGACGAGACGGUGGUGGCGGAGAGCGUGGUGGUGAUCAGGAAGCUGCUCCAGACCCAGCCCACCCAGCACAGUGAUAUCAUCAAACACAUGGCCAAACUCUUUGACAACAUCACUGUGCCGAUGGCACGGGCCAGUAUCCUGUGGCUGAUGGGAGAGUAUUGUGAGAGGGUCCCUAAGAUCGCCCCUGACGUCCUCCGCAAGAUGGCCAAGAGCUUCACCUCCGAGGAGGACAUCGUCAAGCUCCAGACUGUCAACCUGGCUGCCAAACUCUACCUCACCAACUCCAAACAGACUAAGUUGUUGACCCAGUACAUUCUGAACCUUGGGAAAUAUGACCAGAACUAUGACAUCAGAGACCGCACGCGAUUCAUCCGCCAGCUCAUUGUGCCCAAUGACAAGAACGGAGCGCUCAGCAAGUACGCCCACCGCAUUCUGCUGGCGCCCAAACCAGCACCUGUCCUCGAGUCUGCGUACAAAGACCGCGAUCGUUACCAGUUGGGAACCCUGUCCCACACCAUCAACACCAAAGCCAGUGGCUACCUGGAGCUCUCUGAUUGGCCCGCCGUGGCUCCUGACCUAUCAGUGAGGGAUGUGGAGGUGAUUGAGCCGUUGAAGGAGUGGGCUCCAUCUCUAGGGAAGACUGGGAAAUCCAAGCCUGCCAAGUCAUCAGAUGAGAAGUUCUACUCUGACUCUGGAGAGGAAGAGAAGGGAUCAGGGAGCAGUGAGGAUGGCAGUAGCAGUAGUAGUAGUAGUAGUAGUAGUGAAGAGUCAGGGAGCGAUGCAGAGAGCUGUGUCGAGAAGAACAGCAGUCAGAGCAGUGAGGAGUCAGACAUGUCCUCCAGCCAAUCAGAGAAGAGUUCCAGUGAAUCUGACUCUGAAAGGAAGAAGAGGAAAACUAAGACCCCACUACAGAAGAAGACAGUCAAACCAACGGCCAAAGACGGGGAUUCGGAUGAGAAUGGGAACGUUGCUAAAGAGGCCAGCAGUUCGUCUGCAGAAGAGAGCUCCUCUGAUUCAGAAUCAGACUCUGACUCAGGCACUGAACACAAGAAGAAGACCAAGUCUAAAGCCAAACCCAAGGUGGAGGUGAAGUCAACGAAGGAGGUGUCUCUGUUGGAUCUGGGUGACUUCACUCCUGCACCAGUGACCCAGCUCAAGUCUUCUGUCCUCUCCCCUAGCCUGCUAGGAGACCUGGAGGGCCUGUCACUCUCCAAUGUCUCCUCCACCAUCCAGGUGAGCGGUCCAGCGUUUGUCCCAGAGAAGAGCCAUGACCUGCUGCACCGUAUGACAGGUAAAGGUCUGUCAGCCCAGUACCAGUUCCCCAGACAGCCCUGUCUCUACCAGCCCACCAUGGUGUCAGUCCAGAUCAGCCUGACCAACACCACAGACCACCCUCUGGAACAGAUCCACAUUGGAGACAGGAGCCCCACAGGACUCAAUAUACACUGCUUCAAUACUAUAGAGUGUCUGGAGCCGGAGGCCUCAGUGACUGUUUUCAUGGGCAUCGACUUCAAUGACUCAACACAAGCAGCCAACUUCCAGCUGUGUACGAAGGAGGACCAUUUCAGUGUGUCCAUCCAGCCUGCCAUAGGGGAACUCUUCCUGCCCAUCACCAUGACCGAACUGGACUUCCGCAAGGAGCAAGGUAAACUGCUGGGCAUGAACGAGAGCUCGGCAACCAUCACCAUGGCAGCAGAGAACAUGACCAGCCAACCAAUCAGCAGACCAGUGGCAACCGUGGCCAACCUGGGAGUGGUUCCAUCCGGUCAAGACAACGUCCACAGGUUUGCUGGUAAGACGGCCAGUAGUGGAGCUGUGGUGCUGGUGACGGUGGAGCUGAGGGAGUCGUCUACAGCCCUGAUCACCAUCAACACAGAGAAGAGUGUCAUGGGCUCAAUGCUGCUCCGAGACCUUAAACAGGCCCUGGCCCAGGCCUAGAGUCUACAGCGCCCCCUAGCCCCAGUCCUCCAACACAGGGAGAAAUGCACAGCUGCCAUGGAGAGGUCUCAUACACAUGCAUGCAAAAACACACAUACACUCACACUCACACAUACACAACAUUUAUUUCUGUCUCCCAAUCUCAGUUCUUCUUCCUCUUUCAUUCUCUGUCACGCAAAUACACACUACAUGCAGGCAAAGAGAUUGAUAUUGUUUCUCUCAUGCUUACACAUCCUCAUACGGUACACACACUCAUACACACACCUCAUCAUAUUUUUUUACACUGUGGCAAUCUAUUGUCAGCAAUGAGCAUCAAUGUUUCUGCUGCAUUUCAUUUCAACAGGACUCUUCUUUCUCCCCAGACCAGAGACUCUUGUUUCUCCCCAGACCAGAGACUCUUGUUUCUCCCCAGACCAGAGACUCUUGUUUCUCCCCAGACCAGAGACUCUUGUUUCUCCCCAGACCAGAGACUCUUGUUUCUCCCCAGACCAGAGACUCUUGUGUCUCCCCAGACCAGAGACUCUUGUGUCUCCCCAGACCAGAGACUCUUGUUUCUCCCCAGACCAGAGACUCUUGUUUCUCCCCAGACCAGAGACUCUUGUUUCUCCCCAGACCAGAGACUCUUGUUUCUCCCCAGACCAGAGACUCUUGUGUCCCCAGAGAGACUCUUGUGUCUCCCCAGACCAGAGACUCUUGUGUCUCCCCAGACCAGAGACUCUUGUGUCUCCCCAGACCAGAGACUCUUGUGUCUCCCCAGACCAGAGACUCUUGUGUCUCCCCAGACCAGAGACUCUUGUGUCUCCCCAGACCAGAGACUCUUGUUUCUCCCCAGACCAGAGACUCUUGUUUCUCCCCAGACCAGAGACUCUUGUUUCUCCCCAGACCAGAGACUCUUGUUUCUCCCCAGACCAGAGACUCUUGUUUCUCCCCAGACCAGAGACUCUUGUUUCUCCCCAGACCAGAGACUCUUGUGUCUCCCCAGACCAGAGACUCUUGUGUCUCCCCAGACCAGAGACUCUUGUGUCUCCCCAGACCAGAGACUCUUGUUUCUCCCCAGACCAGAGACUCUUGUUUCUCCCCAGACCAGAGACUCUUGUUUCUCCCCAGACCAGAGACUCUUGUGUCUCCCCAGACCAGGUAACCAAAAAUGUGUUCAUCAAUCAAUGAGGUCUGUAUCACUUUUGGUGAAAAUAAUUGAAUAUAUUAAAACUGUAACGUGAA